CGGAACUACAGUACAGCUGAGAUCGGCGUGGGUUGAACACUAAAAGUUGUCUUGGUCAUAUAGUUGGCAAACGUUGUGAAAUACAUUCCAGAACAAAGUUUAUUUUGCUUUAAUUUAAUAUAAUAAUCCAAAAGUCAUAUAAGUGUCUCUAAUAGAUAAAACGCAAAUAAAAAUCAAGAGAUAAUGGUGGAAAGUAUAACUAUCAACGGUGUUAGCUAUGAAGUUAAUCUGUCGAGCCUGCCCGCAGACAUCAGUCUGAACACGUUUAUCCGAGAACAUGCCGGUCUCACGGCCACCAAAUUCAUGUGCCAGGAAGGUGGCUGCGGUGUCUGCGUUUGUGCCUUGAGCGGAGUUCAUCCGGCGACCGGGGAGCUGUGCACCUGGGCGGUCAACUCUUGCCUAACGCUGCUGAACACCUGCCUGGGCCUGCAUGUGACCACCUCAGAGGGCUUGGGCAACAAGCGUAAGGGCUACCAUGCCAUACAGCAGCGCCUGGCCAAAAUGAACGGCACCCAGUGUGGCUACUGCUCGCCGGGAUUCGUCAUGAAUAUGUACGCGCUGCUGCAGUCACGGGGCGGACGGGUGACCAUGGCCGAGGUGGAGAAUGCUUUCGGCGGCAACAUUUGCCGCUGCACCGGCUACCGACCCAUACUGGAUGCGAUGAAAUCCUUUGCCGUCGACAGCAACAUAGCCGUGCCAGCGGAGUGUGCGGACAUCGAGGACCUGAGCAGCAAGCAGUGCCCCAAGACGGGCGAGCUCUGCGCUGGCACCUGCAAGCAGAGCCAGCCACGAGCUGUGCAGCAAUACGCUGAUGGCAGUCGCUGGUCCUGGCCGCAGACCCUGCCCGAGCUGUUCGAGGCACUGGGAGCGGCUGCCAAGGAGCAGCUUCCGUACAUGCUGGUCGCUGGCAACACGGCGCACGGCAUCUACAGGCGCAGUGCAAAGAUCAAAUCCUUCAUCGAUGUGCGUGCCCUGGCAGAGCUGAGGGGCUACAGCUUGGCCGACAAGGAUCUUACUCUCGGGGGAAAUCUGAGCCUAACCGAGACCAUGGACAUCUGCCGCAAGCUGGAGCAGACCCCAGGAUUUGAGUACCUGGCCCAAGUGUGGCAGCAUUUGAAUUGGAUUGCCAAUGUGCCAGUGCGCAAUGCCGGCACUCUAGCGGGGAACUUGUCCAUCAAGUACUCUCAUCCCGAAUUUCCCUCCGACGUGUUCAUCGUGUUGGAGGCUCUGGAUGCAAGGAUCAUAAUCCAGGAGUCGGCGGACAAACAGCAAACUGUCAGCUUGGCCAGCUACAUGAAGCUGUCCAUGGACGGCAAGAUCAUUCGAGGAAUAGUUUUGCCCGCCUAUUCGAAGAACAAUUAUCUGUUCGAUUCGUACAAAAUUAUGCCACGUGCCCAGAAUGCGCAUGCGUAUGUGAACGCCGCCUUUCUGCUCGAACUGGAUGCUGAGUCGAAGGUGAAGAAUGCUCGCAUUUGCUUUGGCGGCAUCCGGCCGGACUUUGUGCAUGCAACGCCUAUUGAGCAGCUCCUGGUCGGACGCAAUCCCUUUGACAAUGCAUUGCUGGAGCAGGUAUUCGACAAGUUGUCGACGCUGCUGCAGCCCGAUGAGGUGCUGCCGGACGCAUCGCCAGACUAUCGCCGCAAGCUGGCCUGUGGACUGCUGUACAAGUUUCUGCUGAAGGCCGCUGCUCAGCGGCAACAGACUCUGGGUAGUCGGCAGGUAACUGGAGGGUCCCUGCUGCAGCGACCCGUGUCUAAGGGACAGCAGAGCUUCGAGACCUUCGAGCAACACUAUCCAGUGACGAAGCCCACCGAAAAGCACGAAGGACUUAUUCAGUGCUCGGGUGAGGCGACCUACGUCAAUGAUCUACCCACGCAGCACAAUCAGCUGUGGGCGGCCUUUGUGACGGCAAAGCGUGUUGGCGCUGUGGUUAGCAAGGUGGACACGUCGGCUGCUUUGGCAUUGCCUGGCGUGGUGGCCUAUUUGGAUGCCAAGGACAUUCCUGGACCCAAUUCGCUGCGACCGAAGACAACAGAUGACUUCUUUUUCCCGCAGGAGGAGCAGCUCUUCGCCACGGGCGAAAUCAAGUUCUACCACCAGCCGAUCGGCAUGGUGCUGGCCACAUCCAAUGCCCUGGCUCAGCGUGCAGCCGAGCUUGUUAAGCUCAGCUAUGAGGGCGGUGCUAAGGAGGUGCUGCCCAGCAUGAAGCAUGUGCUGGACUCUGCUGCAUCUGGAGAUCGCAUUCUUCACCCUGUCAAAUCAAUGCACGACAAGCUGCACCUGAAUGUUGCCCACGAUAUCAAGGGCAGUGGAAAACUGGACUUGGGACUGCAGUACCACUACUUCAUGGAGCCACAUUCGACGGUGGUAGUGCCCUUUGAGGGCGGUCUGCAGGUCUACGUGGCCACACAGUGGAUGGAUCUAUCGCAGGAUGUCAUCGCCAAUGUGUUGCAGCUGAAGUCCAACGAGGUGCAGGUGAAGACUCGUCGCAUCGGAGGUGGGUACGGCGGCAAGGCGACUCGUUGCAAUUUGGCUGCAACGGCUGCUGCUGUCGCUGCUCACAAGCUGAAUCGUCCAGUGAGAUUUGUGCAGUCGCUGGAGUCCAUCAUGAAUACCACGGGCAAACGGUGGUCCUUCCACUGCGACUAUGACUUCUAUGUGCAGGCCAAUGGAAAGAUUGUUGGUAUCGAGAGUCGAUUCUACGAGGAUGCCGGCUAUUUAACUAAUGAAUCCCCCAUCGGACAUACGGUGCUGUUAUCGAAGAACUGUUACGAGUUCAGCGAUAACUACAAACUGGAUGGAUUUAUGGUCAUUACGGAUUCGCCUAGCAACACGCCCUGUCGGGCACCCGGAUCUGUCGAGGGCAUUGCGAUGAUUGAGAAUAUCAUUGAGCACAUUGCAUUUGAAACCGGUGUUGAUCCGGCGGAUGUUCGUUUUGCUAAUAUUUUGCCCGCUCAUAAAAUGGGCGAAAUGAUGCCUAGAUUCCUGAAGAGCACUGAUUAUCGUAAGCGCCGAGCCGAAAUUAUUUCCUACAACAAGGAGCAUCGUUGGCACAAACGCGGUCUCGGCCUAUGCAUAAUGGAGUAUCAGAUAGGGUAUUUCGGACAGUAUCCGGCUACGGUCGCCAUCUAUCACAGUGACGGAACUGUUGUGGUCUCCCACGGCGGCAUCGAAAUGGGUCAAGGCAUGAACACAAAGAUAGCCCAGGUUGUGGCCCAUACAUUAGGCAUUGCCCUUGAACAGGUGCGCAUUGAGGCUAGCGAUACGAUCAACGGAGCCAACUCAAUGGUUACCGGUGGAGCUGUUGGCAGUGAGACCUUGUGUUUUGCUGUACGUAAGGCCUGCGAGACCCUGAACUCGCGCCUCGCCCCAGUCAAAGAGGAGGUGAAACCAGCCGACUGGCAACAGCUGAUCACUGAGGCAUACAACCGAAAGAUUAAUUUGAUCGCCAGCGAUCAGUGCAAACAGGGCGAUAUGGAACCCUACUCGGUGUGUGGCCUGUGCCUUACCGAGGUGGAGCUGGAUGUUCUCACUGGUAACUAUCUGAUCAAUCGUGUAGAUCUACUGGAGGAUACUGGCGAGAGCUUGAAUCCCAAUGUGGAUAUUGGCCAGAUUGAGGGUGCCUUCAUGAUGGGACUGGGUUAUUGGACCAGCGAGCAGAUUGUGGUCGAUAAGGAGACAGGCGAGUGCUUGACAAAUCGCACCUGGAACUACAAGCCGCCAGGUGCCAAGGAUAUACCGAUUGAUCUGCGCAUCGAGCUGCUGCCCAAGAGCCCCAACAAGGCGGGCUUCAUGCGCUCAAAGGCUACUGGAGAGCCUGCCAUUUGCUUGGCCAUUGCCGUGGCUUUUGCCUUGCAACAGGCACUGCAAUCGGCACGCGAUGAUGCCGGCCUGCCCAAGACGUGGAUUACCCUAAAUGCGCCCAUGACGCCAGAGUUGCUGGUCUUAUACGCGGGCACCGAACCUUCUCAGCUCAGACUGAGCUAAGGUCAUGCCUCAACGAACUCAUCCCAACUUUUUGUUAGGGAAGACCUAUACAAAGACAACGCGUGAGAAGCGGCACGUGGCGAUGGGAACGCGCCGAUAAGCACGAGCUUUAUAUAUGGAAAUAGAUAACUACUGCACACCUUGUUUUAUGCACAAUAAAUUAGAGACUUAUCCAACGCAAA